AUGAACCUUGCGGCUGUGUGGUACAGCGACGUUGCCCUCACCAUGGAUCCGGCCACCGCGCUAUUGGGUAUCCGCGUCAAAGGCGCCGGUCCGGCCACCCGUUCCGAUGCCACGCCGGAUGCAGCUGGUGCAGUGUCUGGCAUAGCGACUUUCCCUCUUUUCCAGGAACACGAGCCGUGGUUCCCCUACAUCAAGUCCUACUUUGGCGAGAUCCAUCGGCACUUCUUGGGCACGGGGGACACCGAUACGUACGAGGUUAUCGACCUGAUAGACGCAAUCACGGAUGCUGUUGGGAGCAUCAUCGUCUGGGGUGUUCCUGGAAGGUCUCGCCUGAGACGGCUGCUCAAAGACAUCGAACAUGUCAGAUAUUCCCUCCUCGAAGGGGGUCUUGUCGGGGGCGGUAUAAUGGGAGGAGGCAUGCUGGGUGGUGUGCCACCGCUCCCGCAGCUUGAAUAUUACUGA